UCACGCUGCAAAAAAGAAACCAGCUGAUUCAAAUCUGACAAUUGUCAAAUUUUUGUGGGAAAUUUGUUGGUGGUUUGUUUAUUUUUAAUGUGAUCAUGGACGACAAACUAAGUCCUUUUGAGAUAGUGGACAUCUCAAAUAUGUGUAUUGUAUGCCGGGAAAUUUCGGACUUCCUGGUGUGCAUAUAUUCGAAAACGCGUUUUUGGCUGCACGAAUCAGAGAGGGAGAAGGAGCAGGAGCUGUGUCUGGCAGACAUGAUAAAUGAGUGCUCCGGCUGCAAGGUGAAGCUGCUUGAUGGAUUCCCCGCGUACAUGUGCGUGAGAUGCGUUGGGGCGACGAAAGCUGCUUUCCGAUUGAAGCGCCAAUACGAGGAGAGCCACCGCUACUUUGCACAGGUAAUAAAAGCGGAAGACGAUCUCUGCACGAUGCUGGCGAAGGAGGAGUGGAUUUUGGCCGAUGAAAAGGCCGAGCCUCGUCGUCCAGAGAAACGAGACGACAAUCAAAUGACUUUGGGUGAAACUAAUAAUGCAAUGGACACAUCCCAAGAGACCGCCGAAAACGACAACUGGGAAGAUCCCGAACCAGUAGUAGAACGCAAAUCGCAACUGACCAAGGAUCCCAUUAAAGAAGAAAAGAGAAACAGAAAACAGAAAUAUGGCGAGGAUACCAUUCCAGCUAGAAAACCAAAAAGGAGAACGUGCAUCAAUCGCCAGAAUGAUGAGCUCAAAGAGCUCUUGGACACAUCCCAACAGACCGCCGAAAACGACAAAAGGGAAGAUCCCGAACCAGUAGUAGAACGCAAAUCGCAACUGACCAAGGAUCCCAUUAAAGAAGAAUCGAGAAACAGAAAACAGAAAUAUGGCGAGGAUACCAUUCCAGCUAGAAAACCAAAAAGAAGAACGUGCAUCAAUCGCCAGAAUGAUGAGCUCAAAGAGUCCGAUGAAGAUGAAUCCGAAACGUACAUUUAUGAUUCGAAGCUGAACGAGAAAAAAACGAAACGUUGGCUUUGCUCCAGUUGCAAGAAGUCCUUUGCACAACAUCAAGCUCUGAAGGUGCACAUUCGUAUUCACACCGGCGAACGUCCCUAUCAGUGCUCCCAGUGCUCUAAGGCCUUUGUUCAGCAGGCCAAUCUCACAGCGCACAUGAGCACCCAUACCGGCGAACGUCCCUACCAGUGCUCCCAGUGCUCUAAGGCCUUUUCUCAGAAAAGUAAUCUCGACAUACACAUGCGCAACCACACCGGCGAACGUCCCUACCAGUGCACCCAGUGCUCUAAGGCCUUUGUUCAGCAGGCCAAUCUCACAGCGCACAUGUGCACCCACACCGGCGAACGUCCCUACCAGUGCUCCCAGUGCUCUAAGGCCUUUGCUCAGCGAAGUCAUCUCGACAUACACAUGCGCAACCACACCGGCGAACGUCCCUACCAGUGCUCCCAGUGCUCAAAGGCCUUUGCUCAGCAGGCCAAUCUCAAAGCGCAUAUUUGUCGGCACACCGGCGAACGGCACUUCAAGUGUCCGCAUUGCCAAAGAGAGUACACCAAUAAGGGUCAGCUGUACGUCCACAUGUGCACGCACUCCUCCCAUCGACGUUUCAACUGCUUAGAGUGUAAGAGCAGCUUUAGCCAGAAGAGCGCCCUGCAGAAGCAUAUGACCAUUCAUACCCGGUUGUUAUAUAAGAGUACAAAUCUCAUUAAAGUGCAGUCUGGGGUCCCGCCAAAGCCUCUCGAGGAAAUGAAGCCCACGGCCGAAUACAAGCUGCGACCAAGAUAUACGAAGUAAGAAGAGAGAAAUUGUGCUGACAAAAAAUAAAAUUAUCAAUAUUAUUAUUAGUAAGAGUAUUAAGAAUGAAUUAUGUUUUCAACGCAGAGCAUAGAAGAAGCCUUCUACAAAGACAAUUUAUUGUAUGUAAAAAUCGAAUGACAAAAGCGUUGGACCCGGCCAAAAAUUUGGAUGAAUCUUGUAUACCUAAGUUCAAACUGUAAAUAAAAUGAAUAUGAAUUACUUCAAUCUAA